AUGAACUGUGACCCUGGUUGUGUUCUCUGUGACCAGAAGGAGGAAAAUGUGCAACAUUUGUUCUUUGAGUGCAACCACUCUACUGCUGUUUGGAGUAAAAUUCUUUGUUUGCUAAGAAUCCAAAGAAUGCCUCAGAAAUUGAAUGAAGAGCUAGAAUGGAUCCUGAAAGUUUGCAGAAAUUCGAGACCAAGACAGAAACUAAUCUACAUGUGCUUCACUGAAUCCAUAUACAGUAUAUGGCUUCAAAGGAACUCUUACAUUUUGUCUGGACAAAUUAAGUCUCUUGAGUUGCUUGUUAGAGAUAUAGUGUUCAGAGUGGCCUGUAGCAAUACACUCAACAAAGCAGCCAUGACACAAGGAAUGAGCAACUACGUUUACAUUACUGACACUCAUGCCAUGUCUCUAGUCAUUCUUAUUCCGGCCGCUUUCCUUUGCCAUUGGUAUGUUAUCGAUCGAUAUGUUUACAAGUGGAAUGUAUGUAGGAAGGAGAUAUUGAACCUACGUUCAAACAGUUGCAUACUUAAGUUAAUAGGAACAAUAGUGUCGAUUAGUGGAGCAUUUAUAAUGAUCUUCUACCAUGGACUCCUAAUCAUUAUAGUCCCUUCACCUACGAAGUCAUCUCUCCACUCUCUUGUUCAACUUCAAUCUCAACCUAAUUGGGUCUUCGGAGGGACCUUUCUUCUUAUUAGUUGCAUACUCAUCUCGCUCGCAUACGUCAUUAAGGUGAUAAUCCUUCUGUUUUCUUUUGUUAGUCUUAAUUCACUUUUUCGUACGGUUACACUGAUAAGACUGAAGGGACCAGUAUUUGUGGCAAUGUUCAAGCCACUUCAAAUGAUUAUUGCUGUUAUUAUGGGAGUUUCCUUCCUUGGGGAUAUUUUACAUCUUGGGAGUGUAAUUGGAGAAUUGAUCAUAGCAGCUGGAUUCUAUUCGGUGAUUAAAGGAAAAGCCGAAGAAGAAGAGAUGCUUAAAAAAGAUGAUGAAGAUAAAUUGAUAUAUAGUCUUAGCAUAAAAGAGGAAGAGUCACAUUCUUUGAACCAAAUUUACAUUACUCCACCAAUACUAAACUAA